AUGGCUGGUGUUCCAAGCGCAAGAGGAUGCGACGCGUGCCGUAGACAGAAGAAAAAGUGCGAUCAAGCCAAACCAACAUGUUCUCGAUGUGCGCGUCUCAAGGUGCCCUGUAGUGGAAGCGGCGUGAAGCGAUUCGUGUUCAAGUCAGAGAAUUUACAAGCAGCUAAGAAGAGUUCGAAGGCUGUGAUCGUCACUAAAACCAACCCAACGCCGGCUCCAGUAUUGAGUAAUGAAAGGACCUUGAUAUCUGGGAAUUUGGUUCACAUUCUCAACCUUGAUGAACCAGCGUUUGACAUCUCGACUUUUGGUUCCUUUGUUGUGGACCUUCCGCGACAUGUCGGCUCUAGCAAGUCACUCGAUGCAGCUAUCAGUGCUUUCAUCGCGGGAUUUGGAACGCUGCAGAAUAGAACUUUGUCAAAGGUCAAUGCGCUGGAUCGAUAUGUCUUUGCUUUGAAGACGCUUAGAGAAACUAUGAAUGACCCCAUACAAGCGAACACGAAGGACAACAUGUGUGCUAUAUACUUGGUUGCCAUUUGUCAAGAAUGGCUAGGUCACUGUUCAGGGUAUACAAAACACUAUGAAGCGCUUGGGCAUUUAAUUCAAAAUACUGUUCAGCAGUCUUCUGUCGACCCCGCCGAUCGUCCAUUCAUGACAACCAUUUUCGCUGCGGUGGUAGGUAUCUCUUAUAGCCUACAUGUUCAUCGCGCUCACAAUACAAGGUUCUCGAGAGCUUCAACAAUCCAAACAUACAACCAGGUCCAUGGUUCUGGCAAGCAUUCGCCAUGUUUAGCGAUGGUGCUCGACCUCUCAAGUCUGGCGACGGCAUGUUUUUCGCGUCUUUGGAUAUGGGAACCAUGGCAGAAAUGUCUUUCUUCCUCCGCGAUACUGAAAAGUAUCUUUAUCAGAUACGCUGCCACUACGCCGUCCUACGAUCAGAACAUCCGCGACUUAUGCAAACAGCGAACAGGGCAGUGGCUAGGGCUAGAGAAUUAA